AUGCUAGGCAAGUACCUUGGCCCAAAUACAGUGAACAAUCUCUUACAGAUUGACAGCAACGGUUUGACUGCCGACGAGGUUGCACUCCGUCGUGCCCGGUAUGGCUUGAAUAGGCUUGAGAGCUCAGGUGGCGUCAAGUGGUGGAGCAUCCUCUUCCGCCAGAUCUCGAAUAGUUUGACUCUGGUCUUGGUCAUUGCAAUGGCCAUUUCGUACGGAAUGUUAGACUUCAUCGAAGGCGGCGUUAUCUCCGCGAUCAUCUGCCUCAACAUUGUGGUCGGCUUUGUUCAAGACUAUCAGGCAGAGCAGACCAUCGCUUCCCUGCUUGCCAUGGCUGCUCCAGUUUGCAAGGUCAUUCGUGACAAUGGCAAUGUCGCGACUAUCAAAGCCGAAGAACUUGUCCCUGGAGAUGUUGUACAGCUCGCUGUAGGCGACAUUGUAGCUGCAGAUCUACGUCUGGUUAACAACUUCAAUCUUGCCGCUGAUGAGGCACUUUUGACAGGAGAAUCCAAGGCGGCCAUCAAGGAUGCUCUUUACGUCUCUACCAAACACGACGCUCCAGUCGGCGACCGACAAAAUAUGGCGUACUCUUCAACCACCGUAACGCGAGGACGAGGAAUUGGAAUCGUUGUCGCAACUGGUAUGGACACAGAAAUUGGCAAUAUUGCUUUACUUCUCGGAGACAAAAAGACAAUUUCUGAAGGACCUUGGAUCUCUCGCGUUGGCAAGAAGGUACUAGGCAGCAUCAAGAACAUACUUGGUCUAGUUGGUACUCCACUGCAGGUCAAGCUCUCCUGGUUUGCACUCUUCCUAUUCGCUUUGGCGAUCCUCCUCGCUAUCAUAGUCUUCUCCGUGAGCCUCUGGAAUCUUGACGACGAGACUUUGAUCUAUGGAAUAUGUGUGGCUGUGGCCGUCAUCCCAGAGAGCCUCAUUGCUGUGUUGACCAUCACGAUGGCUGUCGGUUCCAAAGCCAUGGCCAAGGGCAAUGUCAUUGUCAGGAAGAUGGGCGCACUAGAAGCGAUUGGAGGCGUAACCAACAUCUGUUCGGAUAAAACAGGCACUUUGACUCAGGGCAAAAUGAUGGCUCGAAAGGCACUACUACCCAGUGGACGCCUUAUUAAAGUUGAGAACGAGGCAUCACCUUUGGACCCUACAGUAGGCGACUUGACUUUGGACGGGAUACCUGUACAGUCGAAAGACGUCCAGUCGGAUGCUGAGGUCAGUAAGUUCUACCAGAUCGCAGCAUUCUGCAACAUUGCCACAGUCACUGCCCCUCAUGGACAGGAGACCCAGUGGACCGGAAGUGGAGAGCCCACAGAAAUUGCGCUCCAGGUUUUGGCCAUGCGAGCAGGAUGCGCGAAACAAGAUGUCAUCGCUCGCGAGGGCGUUGAGCUUGUCACUGAGCACUCCUUUGACUCUGCAAUCAAACGAAUGUCGGUGAUAUACACCGGCGGUGCGACCGGAGGAGCGACAUGCUUUACCAAAGGCGCCACUGAGGUUCUCCUGCCACUCACUACCGCGAACGAAGCCACCUGCAAAUCUAUCAUGACUCAAGCCGAAGCGAUGGCCGCCGAGGGACUUCGUGUUCUGUGUUUGGCUUCGCGUCAGCUGAAGUCGCAUGAAAUGGAACGAGCCAUGGAUAGGACCUUUGUCGAACAGAACUUGGAGUUUGCCGGCUUGGUUGGAAUCUACGACCCGCCUCGACUCGAAUCGGCUGGUGCCAUCCGACAGUGCCAGCGGGCUGGGAUCACGGUUCACAUGCUCACUGGCGAUCACCUCAAGACAGCUACGACCAUCGCCCGCGAGAUUGGAAUAUUAUCCCCGCGUGUCGCCGGGUCGUCCCGCCCAGGUGCAGUGAUGGCAGCGUCGGAAUUCGACAGACUGUCUGACGACGAGCUGGAUGCGAUGGAAUCCUUACCGCUAGUGCUGGCAAGGUGCAGUCCCACCACGAAGCUUCGUAUGCUCCAUGCCUUGCAUCGUCAAGGCAGAUACUGCGUCAUGACUGGCGACGGCGUGAAUGACUCCCCGGCCCUGAAGGGAGCGGACGUCGGCGUCGCCAUGGGUCUCAAUGGAAGCGACGUAAGCAAGCAAGCCUCCGAUAUGGUUCUCACGGACGAUAACUUCGCCUCCAUCGUCUCUGCCAUCCGCGAGGGCAGGAGGCUCUUCGACAACAUCCGGAAAUUCCUGCUCCACCUUCUCGUCUCCAACAUCGCGCAAGUCAUCCUGCUACUCGUUGGCCUGGCGUUCAAGGACAACGACGACGUCUCGAUCUUCCCCCUAUCGCCGCUAGAGAUCCUCUUCGCCAACCUCGUCUCAUCCUCUUUCCUCGCCAUCGGUCUCGGUCUCGAAGAAGCCUCCGCAGACAUCAUGACCCGCCCACCGCAUUCGCUCCAAGCAGGCGUCUUCACCACGGAGCUCCUCAUCGACAAAUGCGUCUACGGAACGUGCAUGGGCACUCUAUGCCUCGCCAGCUUCGUCCUCGUAGCCUACGGCGUCGGCGAUGGGAAUCUGGGCUCGGACUGCAACCACAGCUACAACGAGACCUGCCGUCUCCCAUACCGCGCUCGCGGCACGGCAUACAGCAUCCUCACCGUCCUGCUGUCCGUCAUGGCGCUCGAGGCGAAGCACCUAGACCGCAGCCUGUUCAACAUGUACCCCAACGAGAAGCCCGCCGCACGGCGCGGAGGACUUGCGGUCUUCUUUUCCUCCACCACCGCCACCGCCAUCACCAGGAACCGCUUCCUCUUCUGGGCAGUUUUGGCGGGCUUGCUCACCCCCUUUCCCGUCAUCUACAUCCCCGUCGUCAACCGGGUGGUCUUUCGACACUUGCCCUUGACGUGGGAAUGGGGAUUGGUGGGGGGGAGUCUUGUGCUUUUCGUCUCCGCGGUUGAGGGCUGGAAGGGUGUGAAACGCAGGUAUAAGGGCAAGAGGGUGGGGAGGCAUGCGUUGCUUGAGGAGGGUGAGAAGGGGGACGAGGUCGUGUGA